CGAUAACGCGCAUAAAUCAAUUCGCGGGCGACUUUGCGACAAUACUCGAAGCGCGGGACACCCGUAAGCUCGCGCUCGCCCGCGUAAACGUUGUUCCGCAGACGGCAAUGUUGCCAACCAGAGCCCGACACGAAUCCCGCCAAUUUGUCGUGUGAGCCGAUUGACGAUAACGGCUAUCACCCGUUCAAUGUUAUUAUUUGUGCGUUUUAAUGAGAAGGCGCCCGGCCGCGGGGGCUAAUAGCGAUUGACGGUUAUCAAUACCGUUUAUAUCCUUUUUAUUAUUUCGUAUUUCGAUCGCAUUCCGGCUAUUCUGUUCGUAGAGAAGUUGCCGUACGCGCUUUUGGACCACCUCCGGUUAACGGUUCGUCGCGGCCAUGUCCAAAUCGUCAAACUCCAACGAUUUGCGCACAGAGCUGGCUGAACUCGUCAAGCGUAAAUCGGACAUCGCUGUGAGUUUUCCUGUCAGUAAAAUUACCACGAAUUUACUACAGUCAUCGUAUUGACAUCCGAGAUCAAUCAUAAUUUAAAAUAUUUCAGUACCUAUUAAAUAUCUAAAACCAAAAAAUGUGCAUAUUAAAGCAACUAAAUAUUAUGUACUGUAAUUAAUCACUGUUUUAAAAUUUGUAUACUAUAUUUUUAGGAAACUUUGGCUAAUCUUGAACGUCAAAUUUAUGCAUUUGAAGGAAGUUACUUAGAAGAUACCCACUUGUAUGGUAACAUCAUACGAGGUUGGGAUAGGUAUCUUACAUCAGCUAAUAAACUUCCUAACACUAAGAAUGAACCACGUAACAGGAAAUUUAAAGAAGCUGAACGCCUUUUCUCUAAGUCUUCUAUUACGUCAAUGGCUGUAAGUUUUCUACCAUUUUGCUAUAAUAUGCAAUCAGUUAACCGUAAAACUACCCAUUUCAUAAAAUCGAUUAUAAUACAGACUUAAAAUGUACACUGGGAAAAAAAGCACUGUUUAAAAAUUCAAAUUAAUACUUCAAAAAAAAAAAAGAAAUUCAUAUUUCUGAAAUCUAAUUUUCCCGAGUCAUGGUUAUGAUUAUGUAAAAAUACAAAAUCAUAAUUCAGAGAAAUAAGACGAAUAUAAAUAAAUUUCCAAUAGUAUAUAGUGUAUAUUUACAUCUUGCAUCAUAUUCUGUUUUUUUGCCCCCCUUCUAUCCAUCCUUGCCGCAUAUGACUCGCUACUCUCCAUUAACUAUUCCCACAUUUAGUUAGGUAGCUUUUAUUUACUCAUGUAAGGUUGCAUUGUUGAAGACAUUUGAAUAAAUGUAAUAUAAUUAAACAAUAUUUAUUAGUGUAUAUCUUAUCUGAAUGAAAUUUGAUUAAUGAUAUUACAUGUUUAAUUGAUAAUUGAGCAUACACAGAAAUAGUAAAUUAAUAUUGAAACUUUUUUCAGGCUGUAAGUGGUCUAGUAGAAGCUCAAGAGAAAGGUAUAAACAAGUCAAUUUAUUUAUAUUUUUUAGGAAAAUAAAUGGGUUAAUAUGGUUUUUGUAAUAUUUUUAGCUGAAAUUAACAGUGAAACUGAAUCGCAGACAGGCAAUAGUGGCAGUGAAGAUAACACAGCGAAAGAAAGUGGAAAAACAAAUAGUUUGACGAAUGGUCCAACCACCCCUAGAAAUCUAUUGGCAUCUGCCAAACGAGCUUCUAGUACAAAAAAAGUUAAGAAUCGAUGAUCUUCAUUCAACAAACUCAAUAGGGUAAGUAUUUAAUAUAAUCAAAUAAAAUGCAUACAACAAAAAAAAACUGACAUACAUACUUCACACAAUGGGUGGGUCAUUGAAGUUAGAAAGAUUAGGUAAGGUUAGGGUAUAGAGGGGAAUUUAAUGUACAUUUGUAUGCAACGAUUAAUCUUUGCUAACAAAAAACAAUUCUUAGUGGAGUUCAGUUUUACAGGUUUUGAAAAAAUGUAAUAUUUUUACGAUUUUUAUCAAAAUGUGUUAUUAAAAUUCUUAUAAAAAAAAAAAAAUUGUCUUUAUUACAAAGUAUGACUUAUAAUGGAACCUCCUGUUAAGUUUUCAAGAAUUUUUGUUCGGUCUAACAAUUUUAUUCACGAAUAAAAAUUACGUACAAAAAAUUCCAAAAUUAAAAUGUCUAAAUAGCUCAAAAAUAAAAAUGCCUAAAAUGUUUGUAAAAUUUUACCAUGUCUAGAAAAUACAAAUAUAAGUUUUCUGUCCUAAUUUCAAGUCUCUUUAAGUAUUUCAAACUGAAUCAUAAAAAAAAAAAAAAAAAAAAAAAAAAAAAAAUUUAAAAUAAAAUACAUUUCGUAAAUUUUUUUUCUGAUUUUUAUGAAAACAACUUGUAAAAUUUUCUUUCAGAAAAGGUGCUACACUUGAAAAUCAAAGCAAGAUUUCUGGUAGAAAGUUAUUCACAGAAAAAAAAAAUAUAUUUUAUUUCUUUAUAAUUGAACGACUAAAAUCUGUCAAAAUUGAAUUUAUUAAUUGACAUUUAAUUUUAUCCUUCCUCUCUUUUCCCAAAAUAGUUGUAUCCCUGAUCCUUAUAUCUCUACCUAACACACUCAAGCACAUCCUUUUACAAUUUAUAAAAAAUAAUACCUACACAAAUAAUGUAGAGAAUUAAAUACCAAUGUAUAUAAAUUAUUACUUUAUUUCAUUUAGGUUUUAAAACAGUUCCAGCGACCACAAUGAGAACAUAAUAUGUUAUUUCAAUACACAACAAAUUUGUAAAUAAUAUGUAUGCAUUAUAACUUAUAAUAAUAAUUAAGGUUAAGCAAUAUCUGCAAUGAUAAAAUGAUUAUUUUGGUGAUGAAUUAUAAAAUUGGUGUAUUUUUUUUUUUAAUAAAUGAUACAUACAAACGAUUAAUAAAUGUAUAAUUUAUGUAGUAUGAGCAUUGUUUUUGAUGACAUCUGUUGUCUCCAUUUUACAGAUAUAUUACAUAGUAAAUAUGCUGAACUCAAAUUUACCCAUGAUUUAAGUGAUUGUUUGUAAAUUGAGUUUUGAGUGAUUUUGACCCUCUUGGCUGUUUGGUUAGUAAAUCUAACUACUAAAGAUUUCAGAAGUUUGUGUGUACGGAAGCACGCCACUUAUAUACAUAAGUUAUUAUUCAACACCUUGUCCUAUGUGAAUCCGGUGACCUCAUUAUGGUCAAAAUAAAUAAUUCUGUGUUAACAUGUCUGCAUUUCAACGCGCGCUGUUUUCGUCAUUAAUGCCAUUCAUACAAAUAUUUCCAUUUUUCAUUUUAUGCUUUACAUUAAUUAUAUUAUUAUUAUAACAUUUUAAAAGUAAUUGAGGGUACAAUUCACCAAAAACCAAUUGAUUAUUACAAAUAAAAUAAUUAUUUUUUUAUUUUUUUUAGUUAAGUAAUUAAGUUUAGUUCCUUCACAUGGUAACUAUUUUUUUUUUGUGUAUAGUUCAUUUUUAGAUGCAUAGUAAUUAUAAAAAAUUAAAACUAAACAUAAAUACUGAUACUUCUAUAAAAAAAAAAAAACAAAUGAUUUUAUUGAUAAAAUCACUAUUGUGCCAGGUUACAAAAUGAAUUCUCUUGACGCUAAAAAUGUAUAUACAUCCAUUUCUAAACACAUAACAGUAAUUUUUUUUAAAAUAAACUUAUACAUUGUAAUAAAUUUAAUACAAACCAAGUACAAGAAAUUAUUCAAUCAAUAAAUGUAAUUAUUGAAAAAACUAUUUCCAAUAUAAUAAAUUAUAUUCGUAAAAAGAUGAGUUAUUUAUGAAUGCCCUUUAAGUGCUCUUUUAUCUGAAAUUUAUAUGCAAAAUUAUGAAACCAAUAAUAUUUUUAACAACAAAAUAUACAAUCCAUUGAUAAAAACAUAUCAUAGACAUGUUUAACCAAAUAAAGUUGUCAAUAAUAGUUAAAAACUAAUGUAAACAAAUUUAAAAACUAACAUAUUGUCACAUAAAAUAUCAAAAUAAUAUGUCUAACGAGUUCAUUAAAAUUCUGAACAAUAUAAAUAAUGCCGAAAAUCAAUUUUAAGACUAAUAAUAAUUUAUUCUAACAUAUAAACACAACAGAACUAAAAAUUUCACAAAAUAUUCUCACUCUUUUGAAAAUGCUGGUAUAUAUAAACUUAAAUGUAACUGUAAUAAAUUUUAUAUAAAUAAGACAAAUAGAAAUUUUAAAUUAAGAUAUAAAGCAUAAAUUUCAGAAAUAAAAUUAAAAGGCUGCCCCUAAUUCAAAUUUCGCUAAACAUGUUUUAGAAAAUAACCAUAAUAUAGGUUUUGAUAUUAAUACAGACUUAAAAAUAUUAAAUACCAAAAAUAACAUUUACAUUAAUUCAGUUUUAGAAGAAUUACAAAUACACAAUGAAAUAAAGAAAAAAAAAUUUUAAUAAUAUUUUAAAUUUUCAACCAAUUUUAAAAAUAAUAUCAUAUUUUUUAGCAUAUUUAUGUCUAAUAAUAACUGAUUUUAAAUAAUCUCUUCUAUGAAAAUACAAUUUUUUUCUAUAUUCUAUGUAAAAUGACCAAUGUGUAUAAUUUUUUUUCUAUGUAUUCCUUCAUUUAAUUUUUUAUAUUCAGUCGCGUUUUACAUUUUUACUGUGAUAUACUUGAUGAUGAAUUUUUAAUUCGAAACAUGUCGUAUGAUACACUUAUAAUACUCCAGGCGGCACAUUCAUUAAUUUAUUUUAUUUUUAUAUAUACAUUUUAUAUCCAUAUAUUUUUUACAAGUAUUAACCAUUUUAAUAAUUUUGUUUUUAUUUUAUUAUUUUUUUGUUAUUUAAGUAUACAUUUUUCAAAUGUAUAUAUGACAACACACUACUGUUCUACUACAUAUGCACUAGCAUAUACUGCACCCACAUUUGCCAUGAGUGCGGUCAAUGAAAAACAUCCGAUACAAAUUUUAUUGCACUGCAGUGAACUCAUUGGAUUCAUGUAGGACACAUCGUAAGCUUUUCUAAUAUUAAAUUUUAUAAAAAUAAAUUAAGAUAAUUUACAAUACAUUUGUUAACUUAUUAACUAAAUAUAUACUUAACAAAAUAUAUAUGAUGUAACUAAUAAUAAUUAUAAUUAAAGAAUAUUAUAAUUGGUUUUAUGUACUUGGAGAAGUCAAUGAUUAAGUAUUGUUGUAUCGCAUUCACUAUUAUAUAAAUUUCCUAAAGGUUGAAAUUUUCAUUUAUACUGAUCAUAAAAUAAUCUUAAAUUGUAGUAACUAUAUUUAUGUGUAAGUGCCUCUAAAAUUAUAAAUAUUAUUAAAUUUAAAAUUUAUAUUUUAAUUUUUCUAAAAAAAAAAUGUAAAAUGAAGUAAUUUUUACUUUUAAAAGACUGGUAUUUUAAAUAUACAGGCUGUCUCAUGAAGAUCAAAUUCUGUUUAUUUUUUUUUUAUUAUUAUUAUUAAAAACCUAUAAAUAUUUGUAGUCCUCUUCCCUGUGAAUAAUAUAAAACAAAAAUAAGAACAGAAUUUGAUUAUCUUUAUUAUCUCCGGAUAUAUUCAAGGGGUAUAUCUUCAUAGGACAGCCUGUAUUAUCUGAUUUACUAAUGAACAAAUAGUUGUAUUAACCACGACUGUACUGAGUGUCCACUGUAAUCUAUUUUCUUCUGUUUAAUAGGUAAUUUAUCACCUUUAACUACCUGUAAUAUUUAUAAAUAUUGUUACUGUUAUUUAAAUAUCAGUAAAAAUAAAAAAUAC